GGAAAUGUGAAGCUUUGUUUUCGAAUAAGGAAGGCCGGCUUUUAAAACGGUACAGGGAAAGCAACGUUUUACUGCUCGAUCGAUCUACUGCGAGAAAGAAAACAGAAAGCAAAGUAAAAGGACGCAGUUAUAAGGACGAACAUGAUGAGCUUCCUUGUGUGGCCAGAGACUUGGUCUCGGAAGACAUGUCUGCCGCAAGCUUCUUCGCAACACUGUCACUUAUCGCCAGCCUUCUCUCCUCGCGGUCAAGAGCUUCUCAGCUCGUUCCCGCCCUUUACGUAUUCGGAGACUCGUCGGUGGAUGCUGGUAACAAUGACUACAUUGGAACGGUUGUGAGGGCCGACUUCCCUCCUUAUGGGAGAGACUUCGACUCCCACAAGGCGACCGGACGAUUUUCCAAUGGUCGCGUUUCGAGUGACUACCUGGCUAGCCUGCUUGGUUUGCCACUUCCUCCGCCGUACUUGGAUCCCUCGGCCAAGGGAAGCAAAAUCAUCCAAGGUGUUAACUUUGCAACAGCUGGUUCUGGUCUGUACGAGAAGACGGCGGCACUGCUCAACGUACCAAACCUGCCUAGGCAAAUUUCGUGGUUCCGGAACUACAAGCAGAAGCUCGUACAACUUGCUGGCCAAAAUAGAACAGCGUCCAUCCUUUCCAAGGCGUUUAUUGUUCUUAGUUCCGGAAGCAAUGACUACAUCAACAACUAUUACUUCGAUCCAGCACUGCGGGUAAAGUAUACCAAGGAUGCAUUUCGUCAAGUUCUCAUAUUUUCUGUCGAGAACUUUGUCAAGGAAAUGUACCAACUGGGCGCUCGAAGAAUAUCGAUUGCAGGCCUUAUACCACUGGGAUGCAUCCCGUCACAAGUCACGCUCUACGGGAAGGGCCAACUCAAGUGUUCCGAGUUUGAGAACCAGGACGCUCGUCUUCACAACCAAGCGUUAGAAUCAUCCGUACAACGUCUACGAGGAAGUAUGACUGACUUGAGAGUUGCUUACAUUGACGUCUACACGAUCUUCUCCAAAGUGAUCCAGCAGCCUGAAAGUUAUGGUUUUGAGCACACUUUAACGUCUUGCUGUGGAGUUGGACGGCUUGCGGUGUCUCUUCUCUGUAACAAGCUCACUCCUGGUACCUGUCGUGAUGCUUCCAAGUAUGUUUUCUGGGACAGCUUCCAUCCAAGUGAUGCCAUGAACAAAAUCCUUGCAAAGGUUGCGCUGGAUCAAGCUAAUGCACAGCUCUUCCAUUGAAAGCUCUCUUCUCUGGUGGUGACACAGAGAGAAAAAGAAAAUGGUAGACAUAUACUUUAUAAAAUGUAAGCUCACAUGUACUUCCAAGAUCAAUGGAAAUUGUCGGACAACACUCGAGCUGCA